UGAUGCAAGAUAUCACGUGUAAUAUCAUCUGUUAUAUCUUCUUUACAAGUCACACGCAAUAUGUAACUUAAAUACCUGCUCAGACACCAAAAGUAUAGCAAAACAUGCGUCAGGAGCUUGUUUGUAUUUCAGCUCAAGGCCAAAUGGUCUUCUUGUCCGCAUUCAAGGACGUGCUUCCGCGGUUGGUGUAGAGAGGGUCGCGGGGGCACUUGGCCUCAGGGAGGAAGGUGAUAGUUUUGCAUAACUUCCUGGAUCUGCAUUUAUGUUAAGAUGAGAUACCACUUCCUAGUUUUGUAGUUAACUGGUAGGCAGAUCAGGUUAAGCAGCAACACGAUAAUUGAUAGUAAGGCGGACACCUGGAUAGAUGGAAAAGUGGCUAUUUGCCUGCUGCUGGUAACAACAGGUGAAGUUCUUCAGGUAGUGGGCUGCCAUGGACCAUCUUUCACUGGCUUGGGGGACAGCUAUUGCAGCAGUGGUGGUGCACACUGUGGGCAUCUGGAACCUGGUCACCCUGGUGCUCUCACUUACCACUGUUGCUGUCAGUUUCUGCCUGACGCUGUACUGGCGUCACGGACGGGCGGCGGACGAGUACAGUGUGCAGACAUGCCGCUCCCGCCUGCCGCUGCCCAGCCCCGGCAUCCCGGCGAUCGUGUCUCUGACCCGUCUCGGUUCUGACAUUCCCCGCUCGCCGGCAGAUCGUAUCGUGUCUCUGACCCGGUCUCCCCCACGUGAGCUGCGCUUCGACCAGCGGUACACGGGCUCCAGUCCGAUCGACGAGCAGAUCAAGCAGGUGCUGCAGUUCGCCUUCCGGGACUUCGUCAAACCAUGGUGA